AUGACGAUUUCCAGGGCACCUCUUUUGGCGGGCAGCAGCAGCACCAGGCCAAACAAGAGAUGGGCGUGCCGCCGAGGGCCAAGCUACCAUGGAGCUCGCAGCGUGGUGGCAGCCAAAGAGGACGUGGCUGCACAGUGGGCCACGGCCGCGUUUAGAUGGGAUGGAGAGGGCAGCAGUUCGAGGCCGAGUACGAGUGCAGACUGGAGGAAGUCUAAACGGAACAAAAAGGCAGAGGGAGGCUGGCUGGCUGGCUGGCUGGCUGGCUGGCUGAAUGAACGAACGAAUACGGGCCCAAGCAGUCCCAAGGGCGCGGAGGGGGAGCACAACGGGCUUGAUGGCGACACGACUGGGGCAAAGCAGCGAGCGGGCGGCGGUCUGGACGUGUGUGCGACGCUCGGGAGGGACACUGGUCGUCCGUACAGUACAGUACAGUACUGUAGUGGUCGAGUCGUUCGUCGAGGUACGUUGGGGAACGGACGGGGCGAAGACGAUGGAUAUGCGCAGGGCCCAGCGAGGGAGCCAAUUAAUGAGGAUGCAGCCGCCCAGCGCUCAGCCGGGGCGCACCCCGCCGCCCGCUGCAACACUACACGCCGCCACGAGGGCCGCGAACUCGUUCGACUCUCUCUCUCUCUCCUUCGACGCCCUCCUUUCGACGCCCUCCUGCCCAACUGCCCAAGCGGCGAGAGGGCAGAGCAUAAAGCACUGCGCUGCACUGCGCUGCACUCUGUGCGCUUGCAGCCCUCUUCCGCCGACGAUCCCUCAUGGCCGCUUGCAUCCUCUCCGGGCCCGGAAUGGGCCCCACCCCCCUCGUUACAAGUUGCCUUUUCUCUCUCUAGCUAUCCUUUGUUCCGUUUCGUGUCUCGUGGGGCAGAACCGGAAAGCUUCCUCCUCGACGGACGGGUACCAUGA